UUAUUCUACAAAUUAAUUAGAGAAUUGCAGUGUUGGCUACUCACAAAAAGUGGGAAGAGUGCUUGAAAUGUUUUUAUUAAGAUUUGGGGGUGGAUUUGGGCGAUGGAUUCAACAUCUCCUCCGUUUUUGGCAUCUCCAACAGAACAUUCUUCGAUCCGUCUAGCUGAGUUGAUUUUCUAGUAAUUUGGUUGCUUGGAUUACUGGAAUUGGUGGAAUGGAAAUGGGGGAUUCAAGUCCAGUAGAUGUUAUAUUGGAGUUCCUGAGAAGGAACAAGUUUACCAAAGCAGAGUCGGCUUUGCGAAGCGAGUUACGUAGCAGACCUGAUUUGAAUGGAAUUCUUCAAAAGCUUAUGCGUAUGGAUGAGGAGUCGGGUAGUGCCUCAAAUGAGGAAGUAAAUAGUGGCACUGCCCAAGAAGAAGAUCCAAAAGUGAAUAGUUUGAAGAAUUUUCCGGUAUCAGGGGGCGCCGAAGCAUCCAAGGAGGUGAUUGUAAAAGAGGUACAGUGUCGAACAGGAAGGCAUGAGUCUGAAACAAAAUGGAAGAGUUGUGAUGAUAUUGGAGAGCAAAGCAACAUUAAUGAUGGUGUUGGCACGAGUGAUAGAAACUUCGCCUUCUCCAAGGAUUCAGACGAGAAUUUGCUUGACUUGUAUUCAUGGAAGCCUGGUACUAGCAACGGUCUGGUUACUUCAUACCAAAAAGGUAGUGAAGGCACUGAUGGGAACAAAUUUUCAGGAUUCCAGCUUCCUGGGAACCCUCGGUUGAAUUUAGCCGAGACCCUUAACAGUGGUGAGGUUAAUCCCAAAUCCACCGAACAUGUUACUUCAUCUGGUGAAAAAAGAUUGAUGUGGCCGGAUAGCGGCAUUGAUGCAGGUACGGAAAUAAUACAAGGGAAGACUGAGAGGAAGGAAAUCGAUCUACAAAGAAAAUCAAGCGGUGUAUACUAUAGGGAUGAGAAUGUUGCAAAUCCAUGGUCUAGGAGUGAUGCGUCCGUUCAUCCAUCUUCAGAGUCUUGGAAAGAGUGUCCGGUCAAAACCAUUUUUCCCUUCCCUAUAGGGGACACUUUUACGAGUUACGAUAGUGGUUUCACAGUUGAUAAAAAGGAGGGAAAAAGAAAAACAGAAUUCAAUGAUGUUAGAGCAGCGAUAAAGGAACAAGUGGAUGAGGUGGGAAGAGCUAUUUUCUUCGGGAAAGCUCAGGGAGGUGAUGCGAAUGAGUUUGGUCCAUUAGAAUUUCAUCUCACAUCGGAGAACCAUAAGGAAGAGUUACCAAGACUGCCACCUGUUCGGCUUAAAUCAGAAGACAAACCUUCCAAUACUCUCUGGGAAGAGAAAUAUGGAUAUGAUGGAGCUGCCCCGACACUUUCAAAUGUGGACAAUGCUUUUGCCAUAGGGUCAUUUCUGGAUGUACCUAUUGGGCAAGAAAUCAAUCCUCAAGGAAAAAGGCUUGGGGGAGGCAGUUGGCUUUCUGUAAGUCAGGGCAUUGCCGAGGAUGCUUCUGAUUUAAUUUCUGGUUUUGCUACUAUAGGUGAUGGAAUGAGUGAAUCCAUUGAUUACCCUAACGAAUACUGGGAUUCUGAUGAGUAUGAAGAUGAUGAUGAUGUUGGAUAUAUGAGACAGCCAAUUGAAGACGAGACUUGGUUUCUAGCACAUGAAAUUGAUUACCCAAGCGAUGUUGAGAAGGGCACAGGGCAAGGGAGCGUACCGGACCCCAACGAACUUGGAAAGAGUAAAAAUGGUGAGGAUGAUCAAUCAUUUGCAGAGGAGGAUUCUUACUUCUCUGGUGAGCGUUACUUCCAAUCAAAAAAUGUUGAUGCUGUUGUACCUUCAGAUGAUCCCCUGGGAUUGUCAGCGAGUGACAUGUACCGAAGAAAAAGUGAGAAUGACUUGAUCAAUCAGUACGAUGGCCAGUUGAUGGACGAGGAGGAGCUCAAUUUGAUGCGGGCCGAACCUGUAUGGCAAGGCUUUGUCACACACACAAACGAGCUCAUCAUGCUUGGGGAUGGAAACAUUACGAAAGAACUUGGAAGGCUGUAUCUAGAUGAUAUGUGUUUGGAUGAUGAUCAGCACGAUUCGGUUCGAUCUAUUGGUGUUGGCAUCAACAGCAAUGCCGCUGAUAUAGGCAGUGAGGUGAGGGAGAGUUUGGUUGGCGGUAGUAGCGAGGCGGAUCAUGAUGUUGGUGAACGAUCAAAGAUAGAGAACAGCAAUAUGAAGAGACACGAUUCCGAUAAAUAUGUGAUGAGUAGUGACAAGGGUGCGUUUAUGGUGGCAAAGAAUCAUGUCGAUGGGGGAUUUUCGUUUCCUCCUCCUGUGGAUGGGCAGCUGGCGCAAACAAGCUCGAGCAAAUCUUUGUGGUUAAACCAGGGCGCCACUAUUGUUAAUGAUGAAGCUGAUGAUUGUGGUGUGGCUAAUGGAGACAUGCUUGCACCGUGGAGGCGCAACAGCAAUGGCUCUUCACCAGCUAAGAGCUCAAGGGAUGAUGACAAUGCUAAGGCUGAGGAAUCAGCAAGUUCUAGCCAUUCAUCUCCUUCGAAUCGUGGUUAUAGUGAUAGGGAACAUGUAAAGGAAGACGAGGGCAUAACAACGGAAGGUGUUGUAGAAGACCCUGGAGCAUUGUUGGAGGACGAAGAAGCUGCUGCAGUACAGGAGCAGGUGAAGCAAAUCAAAGCGCAAGAAGAGGAAUUCGAAACCUUCGACUUGAAGAUUGUUCAUAGGAAAAACAGGACUGGCUUUGAGGAGGAUAAAAAUUUCCAUGUUGUUUUAAACUCAGUUAUUGCCGGCCGCUAUCAUGUCACUGAGUAUCUUGGAUCAGCUGCAUUCAGCAAAGCUAUUCAAGCACAUGAUCUGCACACAGGCAUGGAUGUUUGUGUGAAGAUUAUAAAGAACAACAAGGAUUUCUUUGAUCAGAGUCUUGAUGAAAUAAAGCUGCUCAAAUAUGUGAACAAACAUGAUCCCGGUGACAAGUACCACAUACUUCGAUUGUAUGAUUACUUCUAUUAUCGGGAGCAUUUGCUGAUUGUAUGUGAAUUGCUUAAAGCAAAUCUCUAUGAAUUCCAUAAAUUUAAUAGAGAAUCUGGGGGUGAAGUCUACUUUACGAUGCCGAGACUACAGUCUAUUACUAUUCAAUGCUUGGAAGCGCUGCAAUUCUUGCACAGUCUUGGCCUUAUACAUUGUGACCUAAAGCCUGAGAAUAUUUUGGUGAAAAGUUAUAGUAGAUGUGAGGUGAAGGUUAUUGAUUUGGGAAGUAGUUGCUUCGAAACCGAUCACCUUUGUUCGUACGUUCAGUCAAGGUCGUACCGGGCACCUGAAGUUAUCUUGGGACUUCCGUAUGACAAAAAGAUCGAUAUUUGGUCCCUUGGUUGCAUCCUGGCAGAACUCUGCACAGGCAAUGUUCUUUUUCAAAAUGAUUCUCCUGCCACUUUACUCGCUCGAGUAAUUGGAAUCAUAGGCUCUGUUGAUCAAGAGAUGCUUGCAAAGGGACGCGAGACGUACAAAUACUUUACCAAAAAUCACAUGCUUUAUGAAAGGAACCAGGACACCAACAGACUCGAAUACUUGAUACCCAAAAAGUCGUCCUUAAGACACCGGCUACCAAUGGGAGACCAAGGCUUCAUCGACUUUGUUGCCCAUUUGCUUGAAGUAAACCCAUCGAAGAGGCCAUCAGCAUCCGAGGCACUAAAGCAUCCUUGGUUGCAAUAUCCUUACGAGCCAAUCUCAUCCUAGUUCUUGAGGUCGUUAUUACAUCUUCAGGAUCGAACGGGUUCUCAAGAAUUUAGGUAAAAUCGUUCCCUCCAUUGAUUUGCUAGUAGAUUCUUUCAAUGGGGCUGUAAUUUUCGGGUGCCUUCAUCGGUUUUUAACUGUUGAUAUUUGGACAUUCUUCCUUUACCCGCGGGAACUUCUUGUCUCCAACAAAAUGUAUUGUAAUAUUGUGCGCGCACGAGUAGAUUUUUCUUUUCUUUUGUUAUUUUUGGGAGUGUUUUGUUGUGGGAAAGGAGGGAUGUGUUAAAAACCUCUUCUUGUUGUACAUGAUGUGUGAUAAUUCUUUUGGCUAAUUUUAGAUGUAAUUUGCCUUGUUUUUAUUGCAAUUAUGGAUUCAACCUUUCAAUAGACGUUGAUAUUAUCAUCUGCUCCCUGCAAAACUUUACUGUCUUCUUCUUCUUCUUCUUCUCAAGUCAGGUUUGUAACAGUUCAACUUGAAUUCGAAUAAUGGGUAUUUUGAAUUAAUCGUUCGAUAUUUUACA